AUGCACUCAUUCCUGCAAAGUACCAGUGUCUCGGUACCACGUUCAACGUCCAUGGCCGCUUCGAGCAAGGGUCCCCCACCACGUCAGCGCAAGUUAUACGCGAGAGUCCCCGGCGCCGAGCCGUACUCGGGCUUCUCUCCGGCACGGCGGCGCUUCAUCAUCGGCAUCGCCAGCGCCGCAGGUUUCCUCGGUCCCCUGGCUGGAGGUAUCUAUCUUCCCGCUCUACCCGUGUUGGAAAAAGAGUUCGGGGUGAGCAAUGCCGCAAUCAAUGCUACCGUGUCGGUCUUCAUGGCCGUCUGUGCUUUCGCCGGCCUUUUCUGGUCGUCCUUUGCCGACUGGAAGGGGAGAAGGCCGCUCUAUAUCAUCGCUCUCUUCGUCUAUAUCGUCUCCAACGUCCUUAUGGCUGCGUUACCCGCCAACUUCGGUGCCUUGCUCUUUCUUCGAAUGGUCCAGGCGUUUGGAUGCUCGUCCGUCAUGUCGCUGGGUGCUGGAACGGUGGCCGAUGUCACGGAGCCGGCCUGUAGGGGCUUCGCCAUGUCUAUCUUCUUGAUGGGCCCGAACCUUGGACCGACGCUCGGCCCUGUACUAGGAGGUGUCAUUACGGGACAGGCCUCGUGGCGGUGGACGUUUGGGGUUUUGGCGAUCGCUGUCGGCGUUGCUUGGCUUAUUAUCGUUUUCGCCUUUCCCGAAACGCUUCGAUGUCGAGUUGGCAACGGAAGCCUGUACGCCAACAUCGGUAUCAUCCUCUUGCCGCCACGCUUGGUUUCGCCGCUAGCCCCUGAAUCGGAGCGUGGUCCCCCGCCCCCUAAGCCUUCGGCCCGGACUUUCUGGCGUCUCUUUUGUUACCCGCCCAUCAGCAUCUCGGCCCUGUAUACGGCCUUCCUGUUUGCCAACUAUUUCUCCGUCGCUGUCAGUUUGCCUGCCAUAUUGACGCAACAAUACCAGUGGUCCGUCACGGCUGUGGGCGGUGGGUAUCUGGCUCUAGGCGUCUCCAUCGUCACGGGGUCCCUCCUCGCCGGCCGCUUUUCCGACUGGCGCCGUGCUCGUAUGGUAAAGAAGUCCGCUGACGGUCAUGUUGCGGCAGAAUUUCGUCUCGUGGACCAAAUGUGGGGGGCCAUGGUGUGUUCGGCUGGUUCUAUCAUGUACGGCUGGAUGGUCCAAAACACCAUCCAUCCUGCCGCCGUGUUGGCGGCAACAUCCCUGGUCGGACUGGGCAUGUCGUCCGUCCUCGUCGUGACCUUUGCCUUCUUGACCGAGUGCGCUCCUCAAGCAUCUGCUGGUGCCAUGGCCCUUGAGAGCAUGUUCAGAAACCCGGCUGCGGCCAUUUCUGCUGUUGUUGCGCCGCCUUUGAUAGCCAAAAUGGGCAUUGGCUGGUACUUCACCGGCUUCGCGUUGCUGGACUUGGUCACCUUUGGCAGCGGAGCUCUGGUUUAUGGCCCUCGCUGGAGGGCCAAAUCACCACUUACACCACCACAAAAGAGCGGAUCCUCGUCGCCGAAAGAAGACGAAAAGGCUACUGAAGUCUGA